AAAAAAGAAAAAAAGAAGCACAAGAAACAGUAUAAACGCACACAAGCGAAUUCGAAACUCUUCUUUGAAGCUCUCUUGUCAGCUGAAGUGGUGCAGAAAAAUGCAGGGUCAAGAGGAUAUUCGCAAUCUCCCAAUCGACAUAACGUCUUCUCGGCUCGGAGAAUGGCUGGUUGAUCGGAAAAGAAUUCCGUCAGAUUGGAGAAAACGGAUUGCUGCCAUUAGAGCUCGAAUCUCAAAAGAGUUAUCAUCUCUUCCUAAGGAUAUCGAUCCCUAUAUCCAAACUCUUGAACCUGAAGGGAUUGGGUACUUAGAGGCGAAGAAGAUUUAUGAUACUCUUGUGAAAACAACUCCAGAAAGCCGGAAUAUAUUUGGCCGGCUAUCAGGUGCUGCUGGUGCUUGGGAGGCAAUUGUGCGUUCUUUUGAGAAAGAUCAUAUCUACCUAGGUGAGGCUGCACAAAUAAUAAUUCAAAAUGUAACUUAUGAAAUACCAUAUCAGAAGAAGCAGGUACAAAAGAUCCAGCAACAACUAGCAGAACUAGAGCGCAAGGAAACUGAUAUUAAAAGAAGUGCAUCUCUUUCAGCGGCUAAGUAUAUGGAGGCUUGUCAAGAGCUUGGAUUGCAGGGAAACAAUGUUAGAUCUGAACUUUUAGAGACUGCAAAAUCGCUUCCAAGCACAUUUAACCAAAUUUUAGAAGUUAUAAAUAGUGAUUCAAUGUUGAAGGCCAUAGAGUUUUAUUCCACUUUCGUGAGAGAUGUUCAUACAGAAAAGGAUAAAUCUUCAUGGAUAGUGUUAUGGAACUUAAGAGAAAUUCGUGAAAAUCCCCCAACUUUAAAUGUUUCUGCUGGCCCAGAAAUCCUUGAUAUCAUGAACCUUCAAUUAAGUCACAAUGAGACAAGCCAUGUGAGAGGGGACAUGGACGUUACUGCAGAUAAUAUUGACUGGGAUAUUUCUGUUGAUAGCACUCAGAUUGACUGGGACAUUGGUGCUACGGAAGAAAUAGAUGAUGGUAGUAAUGGUUUGGGUCCUUAUGAAAUUGUGAAUGCUAGUGACAUCUUGCAGAGUUCAUCACAAAAUGAAGCUGUAGAAUCUGAUUUAAACUCAUCAAGUAAAGGGGAAGAUAACUUGCAUCCGGAGAUUUCUGUAUCAGAAAUAUCUUGGGAUAUAAGUGUUGAACCACCUCAAAUUGAUGUGGUGGAUGAUGUCGAUUCGCCAAAUACUGGCCUGGAAAAUCAGAAAUAUGUCCCAGAUUCUUUAACUCACAACUCAGGAGUGAAGGAAGAAAGGAGCCAGCUUUUGGGGACUGAGUACAGGAAUAAACUGCUCGAUGAUCUACAUGAGAUGAAAGCAUUUUUGAAUCAACGAUUGGCUGAGUUGAGAAAUGAAGAGACUUUAUCCUUGCAACAUCAAGUUCAGUCUGUUUCUCCUUUGGUGCUACAGCAAUAUGCUCCUGAUGCAAUUGAGACAAUGUUGUCUGAUGUUUUCUUGGUCAUUUCCUUGCUGACAAAUCGUAAAACACGCGAUUUGAUCAUGAUCCUUAACUCCAAAAGAUUUCUGGACAGACUGGUUAAUACAUUGGAGGAAAAAAAGCACCAUGAAUUGAAGUUAAAAGAGGGAUUGAAGGACUUGGCUGCUAAACGCAUGGAGCUUCACAAUUCUUUAUCUUCCUCAUGGCCAAAGCAGGAAGCAGCUCUUGCAAAAACCAGGGAGCUGAAGAAGCUUUGUGAAGGCACUCUUUCGUCAAUGUUUGAUGGCAGACCUGUUAAUAUAAUAGGCGAGAUCAAUACCUUAUUGAACAGCAGCCCAAGUGGAUGAACUUGAGAGACAGGGGGAAUGUUAUUCUUAGAAUGAGAUGUUAGGUGGACAAUAGCUGUUAAAUCUUUCAUCUUUUUUCUUUUCUUUAAUUACUCUUACUGUAAACUGAAACUCAUAAGCAUAAAAAAAAUAUUAUAUUGGUACUC